CCGCCUGGCCAAAAGGGGGCGUCGAGUGGCUCAGAGAAAUGGCUCGCGGGGCCUGACCGCGUCCAGGCGCGGGCUUUCCUGCGGCGGGUGUUUAUUGAGACACAGUGCGGGUCUGCGUACGGUGCUGCUCAGGGAGAAGGGGACUCCCUUUCCCGCAGACUCCGUCCCUCCAGAAGCCCCAACGACGUGGCUUUCGGGUAUCUUCCCCGAAACUGUUCUGCAUGCACUCGCGAAUGUGGGCGUGCCGCAGGUCUUUAAUAGACCCACACACACACAAAGAGAAUAAGGUUUCAUUUGCUUCUUCCACGAAACCGGGAGUGGCGCCCGCCUUCUCGAGCCUCAGGACACAGGCCUCCGUCAUCUUUGGCGCCCUCCGGAGUCCCAGGGCCAGGCGGACACUCAAGGCCCGCCCGGUUUUCUCUGAGGCAACAGCGAAACAAUGCCGCCCCUCUGCGCGCAGGAAAGGGCUGGCGGGCACGGGCGGGGUCGGGUGUGCAGGGUAGGCAGGGUCCCCCGGCCGAGUCGGGGUGCCACCUCUCGGCUCCCAGCGCCCGCGGCCGGGGACGGAACCACGGCUGAGUCUUGGGGCCUACGUGCGUCGCGACACGACAGGGGGCGGGCCGCGGCCGGGGACGUCCCCUCUGCCCUCCCGGAACCAGUCUCCACUGCUGCCGCCCGGACCGCGGCCGUGAAGGCGGGUCCUCCAGAGCCUUCGAGUCGGAGGCUAGAGCGGCCAGGCCACCGAGCCGGGUCCAGCGGGGACUGGCGACGGCUGCGUCACGCGAGGGGCGGGGCCGCCGCGGGCGGAGGCCGGAGCCGGAAGCGGAAGAGGCGCUUGGAGCGGGGAGUGGGGCCUAGCCGCAGCCGGAUCCUGGGAGACGGUGAGUGUGGGCCCAGGCCCGCGGCGGCGGCGGCGGCGGCGGCGGCGGCGGCAGCGGCGGGGGAUGCAUCACUGUAAGCGAUACCGCUCCCCUGAGCCAGACCCAUACCUGAGCUGCCGAUGGAAGAGGAGGAGGUCUUACAGUCGGGAGCACGAAGGGAGACUGCGGUACCCGUCUCGAAGGGAGCCUCCGCCCCGGAGAUCUCGGUCCAGAAGCCACGACCGCCUGCCCUACCAGAGGAGAUACCGGGAGCGCCGUGACAGCGACACAUACCGGUGUGAAGAGCGGAGCCCGUCGUUCGGAGAGGACUGCUACGGGUCUUCACGUUCCCAUCAUCGCCGGCGGUCGCGGGAGAGGGAGCCGUACCGGACCCGCAAGCACGCCCACCACUGCCAUAAACGCCGCACCAGGUCUUGUAGCAGCGCCUCCUCGAGAAGCCAACAGAGCAGUAAGCGCAGCAGCCGGAGUGUGGAAGAUGACAAGGAGGGCCACCUGGUGUGCCGGAUCGGCGAUUGGCUCCAAGAGCGAUAUGAGAUCGUGGGGAACCUGGGCGAAGGCACGUUUGGCAAGGUGGUGGAGUGCUUGGACCACGCCAGAGGGAAGUCUCAGGUUGCUCUGAAGAUUAUCCGCAACGUGGGCAAGUACCGGGAGGCCGCCCGGCUAGAAAUCAAUGUUCUCAAAAAAAUCAAGGAGAAGGACAAAGAGAACAAAUUCCUGUGUGUCUUGAUGUCUGACUGGUUCAACUUCCACGGUCACAUGUGCAUCGCCUUUGAGCUCCUGGGCAAGAACACCUUCGAAUUCCUGAAGGAGAACAACUUCCAGCCUUACCCCCUGCCACACGUCCGGCACAUGGCCUACCAGCUCUGCCACGCCCUCCGAUUUCUACACGAAAACCAACUGACCCACACAGACUUGAAGCCAGAGAACAUCUUGUUUGUGAAUUCGGAGUUUGAGACGCUCUACAACGAGCACAAGAGCUGCGAGGAGAAGGCAGUGAAGAACACCAGCAUCCGCGUAGCUGACUUCGGCAGCGCCACCUUCGACCACGAGCACCACACGACCAUCGUGGCCACGCGCCACUAUCGCCCACCCGAGGUGAUCCUUGAGCUCGGCUGGGCACAGCCCUGCGACGUCUGGAGCAUCGGCUGCAUUCUCUUCGAGUACUACCGGGGCUUCACGCUCUUCCAGACCCAUGAAAACCGAGAGCAUCUGGUGAUGAUGGAGAAGAUCCUAGGGCCCAUCCCGUCUCACAUGAUCCACCGCACCAGGAAACAGAAAUAUUUCUACAAAGGGGGCCUGGUUUGGGAUGAGAACAGCUCUGAUGGCCGGUAUGUGAAGGAGAACUGCAAACCUCUGAAGAGUUACAUGCUCCAGGACUCCUUGGAGCACGUGCAGCUGUUUGACCUGAUGCGGAGGAUGUUAGAAUUUGACCCUGCCCAGCGCAUCACACUGGCGGAGGCCCUGCUGCACCCCUUCUUUGCUGGCCUGACCCCUGAGGAGCGGUCCUUCCACAGCAGCCGCAACCCCAGCAGAUGACAGGCGUAGGCCGCCCCGCGAGCUGGAGAGCGGGACUGGGCUGCCCGGCCUUUCUCCACCCUCCACCGCCGGGCCCGCAGCCGGAGCCGCCCCGCGAACAGUGCAAUGUGAAGGAAGGCCGGGGCCUGCAGGGGACGAGACUUGAUGCCCAGCUGCCAGAAAGCACAGAUUUGACCCAAGCUAUUUAUAUGUUGUAAAGUUAUAAUAAAGUGUUUCUUACUGUUUGUAA